AUAAACAAUUACUAAAUUUAUUUUAAUAACUCAGGAGAUGCUUUGAGAUAAAAGGGAGUAAUGUCAAAAUUAUUUAGAACAGUUUGAGAAAGAUAAUAAAUUUUUUGUAUUUUUCCAAGAAGUUACAGCAUAAAUUAAAGAGAUCAAUAGUAGAUUUAAUGGAUUGACUAUUAAAAUAAAUUUAUCCUUAUAAAAUUCUGUGGUGAUCUUUAUUUAUAAAAUUAUUAGUUGGAAAAUAAUAACAAUGACAGGCUGCUAAAAUUAUUCAGUUAAGCUAAGGAUUUAUACUCUAAGGAGAAAAAAACAGAAGCUUUUGAAAAAUUUACUCAAGUUUUAGAAAUAAGUCCAAAUUUUAUUGAUGCUAGAAUACAUAGAGGUAUCAUUGGUUCUUAAUAACAAAGGUAAUUUAAGUUUGGAUGUUAAUAAUAUUUCUUAUGCAUAAUUUGACUUUGAAGAAGUUUUAAAACAAGAUAAAUAGAAUUUAAAAGCAUUAAAAGGAUUAAGUAUUUCCAAUUAUUAAGCUUAGCCAUAACCUAGAAAAUGUAAUGUAAUUAUGAACUUGGGUUGAAAUAUGCAUUGAAAGUGAUUAUGCAUGAGCCUUAAUCACCAUUAGGAAAUUUUAACGCUGGUAUUUGAAUUGAUAAUCAAAGCUGACUGUCUGAAGUUUUUGGGUUAAUAUAAUGAGAAAACUUUAUAAUACAUAAAUUAAGCUAUUGACUAAGAGAAAAGAAGAUAUGAGUAAAGAAUUUAAAUUUAUUUUCGAAAUAAGGGUAUGGUAAUAUUUUAUAAAGGGGAAAUCUUAUUUGGAUUAAAUAGAGUAAAUGAAGCAAGAGAAUUUGUUUUAAAAGCACUUGAAAUAAAUUAAAACUAUGAAUUGGCUAUAAAGACAUUAAGUAUAAUAUUUCUAGAUCUUGGUUUAGAAAGAUUUGAUGAAAUUUUACAAAGAAGAGCAAAUACAUGA